UUAAUAAUUUAAAUAAUUUAAAUUAUUUUUUUAAUUAUAAUUUUUUUUAUUUCUGUAAAAUAACGAAACGAAGUAAAUUCGUAGUUAUUUUGCGACUUCUUUACGUGGAAGCUUAACGAGGUUUUUACGAGGAAAUAUUUACAAGGAAAUAACGUGGAAAAUUCACGUGGUCUUUACGAGGAAAGCUAUCAAGGUAUUUACGUUUACUUUACGAGUAUUUACUUUCGAGUUAUUUACGUGGCUUUAACGAGGAAUGGCUUUCGAGGUAUUUACGAGGAAAUUUAGCGACGUCCUUACGUGGAAGCUUUACGUGGUCUUUACGACGAAAUAUUCUUCUUCGCUUUUACGACGAAAUUAUUUUCUCGCUACGUUACGACGAAUUAGCGAGGAUAUAUGCGUUACGACAAACGUAUAACGACGAAACGGGUUUCCUCGCUAAUUCCUCGUAACACUGUUUUUACGACGAAAUCACGAGGAAAACUGCCCUCGUAAAACUUGUGUUUUCUUGUAGUGCAUAACCCCUUGGCUCGGAAGAAGUUCUCCAUCACCUCGCUCCAGUGAUCCCAAUGGCCAUCGAAUUGUGGCAGUUUCAUCUUAUCAUCUCCCAUCUCUUAGGUUUUUCAACAGAGCUCUGAUACCACUUUGUAAAGUAUAAUGCUCUGUUAUCUGAAACUAAAAACCUCUGCGUCUUAUUCAUAGAAAACUCAUGGCUUUAUAUAGCCUUACAAACUCUAAUAGAUAACUCUGAAAACUUAGGUCAUAAACUAAGAUAAGAACUAACAAUACUUGAGCCGCAAGACUCGACAAGAUAAACACCAAAACAAAACGAUAACGACCAACUCCAAUCUCUAUCACCUCCUUGAUUCUCGUACUCCCAUUUGCUCCAACACUUUUAACCUUUGGAAAAUGGCUGAGUACAUAUUCUACAACAACACUAAUUUCUAAAAAUCUACUUCACCGAAUGAUAGAUUUAUGAUCCAUUUAACCGUAUGAAUCAUUGAAUAUAUUGUUAUGACAUAAGUAGUAAAAGAGUAAUGAUCCCAAUGAUCAUGCUAUUUUGUUUGUUUAACACAGAAAAACAUGUUGGGCAACUAGCAUUUUCAGGGUAAUCGAUUUCUUCUAAACGUGACCGUUAGAUUUUGUGGAGUCGAUAAUGAAAUGGGCCUUCGCAAAGCCAUGUUUUCGACUGAGGACUAUUUUUUCACCAAAAUAUUCAAUACUUUCACAUUAUACAGCAAGUCUGCAAUUAUUACCUCGUGUACACUUGGCUUUUGUGUAUCUGUACAAUCAUAACUAAUUCUAUCAUAUUCAAUUUUUAAAUCGAACAUAUUGUAAUGACUUCGGGUGUGUCAACUAUAGUUCAUGAAACUAUCAAAAUAAUGAAACCCUUAAGUUUGGAAGUGCGGCCUUGGGUAUGUUUCAAGGGACCGGCGAGAAGACCUUCAAAAGAUUCCAAACUAUGCUUAUGCUCUUGAGAGGGAGCUUGAUAAUGCAAUCAUACAAGAUUGUACUUGCAUAUUCUCACUGUCUCAUGUGUAUACACUGUACAAUGAUGUUUGCACGAGUGAUCAGAUCUGAAUGGGCCUUGACACAGACAGUGUGAGUUGUGAGCAUUGGGAAAAUGUUAGAACUUGAAAAUUCAAACUGUGAUCUCAAUCUAAAUGUGACAAUAGGAAUUUAGGAUCUAAAUGUGACAAUAGAAAUUUAGGGCAUGAUAUUAGAAAGAGUUUAGUGAUUCAAUUCACAAUAGAUGAUGACAAAUAGAGAGCAAAAUCCAAUAUAUUGCUGCUGAGAAAUGAUAUCCUUUAAAGACAAAGUGCAUUUGAUCUUUCAUCAAUCAUAGAGGACAAAACGUAGCAAGUAGAGAAUAAAAACAAUCAUACCAAACCAACUAUUAAAUGUAGAAACUAUCCCGGACAAAAUGCGAAAAUACUUCGACUGGCCAACUCUGAUAUGUUUCAUAUGUUUAGUACUUGUAUACUAGUAACAACGUGAACAAGUGAGCGGAAUUAUUAGUAUAUAGACCUCCAUGUAAUUGAGCUUCCAUAGGCAAGAAUAAGAUAAAGAAAUUAAAAUAUAUAUAGCAAUCCUUAAUCCUGAUCUCAAAUCCUAUAUGAGUUUUUUCACGGUUUAGCAAACAUAGGAGUUUAGCUCAGUACAAUUUCAGUUUCAAUUUAGUUCCUCAUAAAGCAUAUUAUCAAGUAAUUUUAACACGAAAGUAAACCAAUCGUUUUUUGGUUUGGUAGAAAUCAAUAUUCAAAUAAAAAUGCUCUGUAUCGUGUCUCUCCUUUGUUGUAUUGAAACAUCUUUCUUCUUGUUAUUCAGAAAAAAAAACAUAUUUCUAAAUGACAAUUCUAUUGUUGUUCAAAAAAAAAAUUCCUCUUUAGUUUGGUCACCAUUCAAAGUAAAAAAAAAGGAAUUGAUUGUUCUUUGUAUGGAGAUAUGUUAGAGCAUGAUUAACCCGGUUUCUUAAUUUGAGGUUUUUAACUCAUGAUUUGACACUUUUCAGCUAAGAGACGGUUCUUAUAUCUCUUAUUUAAGAGAUGCUUCUUAUAGCUUUUCUUAGUUAAAAGCUAAGAAAAUAUUCUUAGUCGAAGCUAAGAAUCUCACCCUAAGAUCAUGAUUAAUGAGGAGUUCUUAAGAUGAGGUUCUUAGCGGAAUAUAAGAAACAGUCUUUUAACUUUUAACUAAAUAAGAUAUUUAAGAGCCGUUUCUUAGUUUUUUAGUUAGAAGUUAAGAGACGGUUUUUUAUAUUCCACUAAGAACCUCAUCUUAAAAAUUCUCCAUUAAUCAUGUUCUAAGAACCCAGUUAAUCAUGGUCCUAUGUCAGCUAUUGCUUUCCUUAAACGUUAGAAGAAUUUAUUUUAGAUAAAUUAAGAAACUGAAACUUUCUGUCUACCAAAGAAAAUGUAUUAUAUUGAAGUCUCGACAAGGAUUGCAACACGCCUCGAUUACGCGAACGAUUAUUUAUAUCCACCAAAACCGUACUGUAUCUCCAACGUUUCCAACAUAAUUUAUCUUCUUCGAUCCAGAGAGCUUAUCUCAGCGAGUAGAGAGGAAACAUUAAACAUCUGAUACAAUGGACGAAGAAGACAAGAAAGUGACGAAGUGUUUCAGCUUCAAGAGAACAAAGAAGAAGAAGAAAGAAGAGGAGAAAUUGAUAGUAUCUACAGAAAUCGCAAAGAGAUGGAGAGAUCUGAACGGCCAAAACCAUUGGAAAGGGAUGCUACAGCCGUUGGAUCAAGAUCUCCGGGAGUAUAUCAUACAUUAUGGGGAGAUGGCUCAGGCUGGUUAUGAUACUUUCAAUAUAAACACUGAAUCUAAAUUCGCCGGCGCUAGCAUUUACUCCAGAAAAGAUUUCUUUGCCAAGGUUGGUUUAGAGAAAGCGCAUCCGUAUACUAAGUACAAAGUGACCAAGUUUCUAUACGCAACAUCACAGAUCCACGUGCCUGAGUCAUUCCUAUUGUUCCCGUUGUCACGUGAGGGAUGUACAAAGGAAUCGAACUGGAUGGGUUACGUAGCGGUGACAGACGACCAAGGCACUGCGGUUCUUGGCCGAAGAGAUAUAGUCGUCGCUUGGAGAGGUUCAGUGCAACCACUUGAAUGGGUCAACGACUUCGAAUUCGGUUUAGUGAACGCCAAAAAUAUCUUCGGUGAGAAAAAUGAUCAAGUACAAAUCCAUCAAGGUUGGUACUCAAUCUACAUGUCUGAGGACGAACGAUCACCUUUUAGUAAGGCCAAUGCGCGUGAUCAGGUUUGUUUAUAUAUUACUUAUAGUAAAUGGAAAUAUACCAUAUUUGAUAUUAUAUUUUGAGAAGUAUCUUAAAGAAUCUACCGGACGUAGUUCCGAUCUAUCCACCAUUAGGCUACGCCGAAGUCGGAGAAGAGCUUUCAAUUGACACAAGAAAGUCGCAAUACAUGAAAUCUCCAGGAAACUUCGCGACGUUUCACUGCCUAGAAUCUUACUUGCAUGGCGUUGCGGGGACUCAAGGAACGAGCAAAAGUGACAUAUUCAGACUUGAUGUGAAAAGAGACAUUGGACUGGUCAACAAAUCAGUCGACGGGCUAACAGACUUGAAUGUAUGGUCCCAGGAAAUUGGAGGGUUCUUAAAAACAAAGGUAUGGUCCAGCAAGACGAUGGCUCUUGGGUUUUAUUGGACCAUGAGAUCGAUGAUAAUGAAGAUUUUGAAUUCUGAUUUUAUUCAUUUACUAUUUAUUUGUUUUUGGGUGUUUUUUUUGCUAAAAUUUGGGAUGUCGAUGAUUGGAAAAAACUAUAUAUGUAUUUCAUCUUUUAAAUUUGUAUAUUUUUUUUUGUUUGUUUGAA